GUUAAGAAAGACCAAAUUUCACGUGCUAUUUCUGUCCUGACUUCCGCCACUUGAAUCUUCAUUUCCGGUUCUUGAAAAACCGGCAGUUUCCUGUCUCGCCGGAAAAUCCUUUCUCCCUCCAUGUCAGAUUCCGGCCACGGCAGCGGAUGCUUCAAGUGCUGCUUCAGAUUCAUUCUGACUUCGGGCCUCACGGCCCUCUUCGUCUGGCUUAGUCUCCGCACCACCAAGCCUUCAUGCUCCAUUUCGGCCGUUUACUUGCCGGCGCUUAACACCUCCGGCGCUUCAAACGCCACGAGAUCCAAUCACACCCUCUACUUCACUAUCAACCUUAAGAACAAGAUGAAGGACAAGGGCGUCAGAUACGACGAAGUUCGCCUCAGCUUCUAUUAUGGUGCGAACACCAGUGUCCCCAUCGGCAAUUACACGGUUCCGAGCUUUUACCAGGGCCACGGCAAAGAUGCCGACAAGCUCGGGAAUUUGACCGCCCGUGGAGUGCCGUGGGAGGCGGCUUUCAGGGCGGUUUCGAAUGGGUCAAAGCCGGUUUUCCGGAUGGAUUUAUAUACCAGGGUGAGGUACAAGAUUGUGUUUUGGUACACAAAGAGACACAACUUUAUGGUGGAAAACACCACUGUGGAAGUCAACAACUCCGGUAAGAACUCCGGCACACGACAACGCCGUUCCUUCCACGCGCCGGCUAUAUUUUCCGUCACUUUAUUUGUUCUGGUUUUGCUAUUGUAACUGGAGUAGAAUAGCAAAAGAUCAGAUUUUUUUUUAACAUGUUGUCUUUUUUCCUUUCUUUUUCUUCUCAAUUUAUGAUUGUAUUAUUUGGAAAUUUUGAAGGGUAAUUCAUUUUUUUCCCAUUGAAA